CUUUGUUUAGCCCUACGCUCACUGUCUGUCUGUUUCCCUAGUUUCUCUCUCUUUACUUUUUUUUCUCCUUUUUCUGCAGUUACAUUUUUUUUCUGUAAACCAGGGGGCUGGGCUAUGACUGCAUGAGACAGAGACAGGAAGAGUGUGUGAGAGUGUGUGUGUAUAUGGACGUGUUUUCUUUGCACAAGUGCAUUUCCUCUCUCUCUCUUUCUGCACCGACGUGUCCUGAUUCAUAAUCUCCUCACCUAAAGUUGCAAGGUAAGUGCUCUACGAAAUAACUUUUAACUACUUUUUUCACAUUUCCCUUCUUUUCAGUGUCUUCCUUUUCUCCCCAAUUUUUCCUAAACUGGGAUGCCUAGCAGGGACAUAUUUUCCUAGGCACUCCUUUUUUUAUCUCUCCAUCUUGCAUUUUUUCCUCAAAUUAGCUGAGGAAUCUGAGACGGAACAAUAAAACGAGUCACACUUCGCUUGCCUCCCUAUUUCCAUCCCUCCCUCUAACUCUCCUUCCCCUCCCGAUAUCUCUAUCAAUCAUAAAAUUGUUAGCGAUCUCUUUAUUCUCCUCCCUAUUUCUCUCUCUCGCUGUUUAGAGAUUGUUUAUGGACUCUGCUCUGCACGUAGUCCUUUAUCACCUACACACACACACACACACACACACACACACACACACACACACACACACACACACACACACACACACACACACACACACACACACACACACACACACACACACACACACACACACACACACACAGUCAAGUGGCAUAUUGCUCUCAUAUCUCCCUCCCUCCCACUGUCUGCCUGUAUAUUGUCCCAUCUCAUAUUUCUCCCUCUGAUUAAAAGCGCAUGAAUGAUCUGAUUGGCUCACUGACCCCAGAAUCCUUUCUCUGACCCCCAGCUUAGGGCCAAAGGCCUAGUUUCCCUGUCUCUUGGGCUACGUCCCAGUUCUCUUAUAUUGCCUUCUUUCCUUGUACCCUUGUUUCCUUUCCUUGAUCACUGAUGUGGCUGGAAGAGACUGAAUGGGAGAUGCAAUGGAGACCAAUUGUCCUGUCUUGUCCAGUUCAUUCCAAUCAAUGCUCAUGAGAGACAAAAGAUGAGGAAAGGAGGGUGAUAAUUUGUUUAUGGUCAGGGGCAGUGUGCAAAUUACCUGUCGCAUCAGAGUUAGCUAUCUGUCAGUUUCAGGAUCUGUCAGUUUCAGGACCUGUCAGUGUUAGGACACAUCCCUUCUCUCUCCCUUCGUCUUUCCCUCCCUCCUUCCUCCCCUGGCCCAUGGAAAGUGUCUAGGCAGUUGAGAGGGGAGAUGGAGGAAGCAGUAGGGGGAGGCAGUGGAGGGAGAGAGAGGGGAGGAGGGCCACAGUAGGCAGGCCCAGCAGUCACCAUUAUCACCGUGGUGUUUAGCGUUUGUCAGGAACCCGACUCUUCCCCCACAGAGCGCCCUCGCCACGGCCGCUCAGAUCACUCCCCAGGCUCACGUUACCUUCCCCAUAUAAGCUAACCAGGUGAGGAGCACCAACGCACUCCUCCUCACCCAGGCCCCCUCAGUCCACUCCCACACACAGUCACACACACUCAAGCGGCCAUCAGGCAGAAUGGAGCUGGAGUCGGGUGCGGUGCCGGAGCUGGCCGAGGGGAUCAUGCAGUUAAGUGGACGGGGGCUUUUUCCUCUCAUCUUUACGUCCUCUUCACGACGCUGUCUAAGCAUUGUAACCUAAACGCCUACCGCCGCCCGCCUGCAGUGGUGGUUGGUGGUGGCCAUUUGGCAGCAAGUGUCCUACCUAGGCUAGCAUUUGUGUUCAAAUAUGUACUCUCUCUCUUUUUACCCAUCACUCUUUUUCUGACAGGUUACUUUUAGUAGCUUGUUUUGUUUUGUUGAUUCUCUGGAUUAGUUUGUAUCUGCUUUGCUAACUGGAUUUAACAUGGCAGUUCUGUUUUUACAAGGGCCUAAUAACCUUGCUGCUAGAUAGCAUGAGAGUUUAGCCUAUAUCCUCCUCACUGGGAUCCUGCUAUCCCUGCUGAAAAAAGCAUAGACCAGCCUAAAUUUCAAGCUGGUCCAUGCUGGUCCAGAAUGGUCAAGCUGGUAUGGCAACACCAUGCCCAUCAUUUUUACAUUUCCCAGCAUGCUCUAUUUCAAUAUAUUUUUUAGUUUGUUGUGUUUUUGCAUGUACAUUGAUUGAUUAUUUAAUUAAUCGUAUGCUACACAAAGAUACAUAACAUAAAUGUUUCUAAACUAAUCACAUGUAUUGCACCCGUUACUGAAAUGGUUGUGCCAGUUUAGAUGGUUUAGGUCAUGUCAUUUAUUUAACUUUCUAACCCUGGCAGUCAUUCAAAAUGCAGCUUGUGGGUGAAUAAAAGUUACAAUUGUUGGAUAUCCCCACUCUGGCUGGAUUCCAAUAGGAAUUAAACAUAACUUUGCAAGCCAGCAUAAUGUGACUUGCAGGCUGGAUGUGGCCACUGUAUUAGGGAAAAACUAGGCCCUCAAAAUAAGGCCUUAUGAUAUAUGUAAUGUACUGUCUUAAAUAAUGAAGCACUUUGAUGAUGGUUUUGCUAGUCACCAGCAAAAACACAGCCAAGGCACCAGCAAAAACACAGCAGUGCACCAGCCUAUGCUGGUCUAUGCUGCUGUUUUCAGCAGGGACGUGCAUGAACUUCCUUGCCUGCACUUCCUUAUACCUAAAUCAUUACCUGUGAUGUAGAGAAAGUGAUUGAUUCAGGUUCACAUGUUUUAGUAUUGGUACUGAAGGUAUUGUUUUGUGUUUGUGGCACAAAGUCUCAACAGUAUUAAGUGAUUCAGCCCUAGUAGCAUCAGGAAAGGGUUUAGCUGAUUCUUUAGCUGGGUUUAGGCUUCCUGUGUUGUGUAUCUCUUCUGCUUUAUAGCUCACUAACACUCAAACACUGUUAUGAAAGAGCGAAAGACUGCUGUUGCCAUAUCAGUGUAUAUGUAUUUUAUCUAAAGACUAAUCAAGGAUAGCGACCAGCAAGUACUUAGCUUGUUUGCACCACUCUUUAUUUUUCUCUCUCAGUAAGAACACUCAGUCGAUUGUUAACCAUGGUGAGCUCUGUGUGGUUGUGGAGGGAGGGAGUGAGUCAUAGUGGCAGUUUCCAUAGAUGCCGAUCAAACAGCCAUAUUCUUUGUCUCAUGGGUGGAGCUUUUACUUCAAAAGGUUGCAGACUCAUGACAUUUAUGAGCGCUUGAAGCUACUGACUCUAUCCAUGACCUCUCAUCGUCAUGUAACCUUUUACAAUGGGCAAUCAUCGUGCCAACCCAAUUCAAUCACACUUUAUCAGUACUGGGUUUUUCAGUGGCGCCUGUAUAACUGAGAAAUGUAAACUCAUUGCCAUAUCAAGAGUUUUUACAGUUUUAGUAAAAUCAACAUUGUUUUUUUGCUUUUUAUGAACACGUGUUUUUCAUUUUUCGUUUCUUUGGGACAUAUUUUUCCUAAACGUUUUCAUUGCCAUUUAGGACUGGCUUCUUUCAAGGUUACCCAAUACCCAGGCCAUUUUCCUUCAUACUAAUAUUAGAAAUACAGAGUGGAAACCAUGACAAGUCUUUGACAGUCUGGCUCCCACUUCACAUGGUAGUUACCUACUGGUAGGGUUAGGGUUACCUACUGGUAGGUAGCCUACAGUGUAAUUAUAGUGCAUCUACACAUGUUCUGUGAGAGUUGGGUGAACCCUUUGGUGAGUAGUGUUACUGUAACAUACUACAGCUAUAAUACACCACCAAACCUGCUUAUUACCCAUAUACAGUGAGGGGGAAAAAAGUAUUUGAUUUUGUACGUUUGCCCACUGACAAAGACAUGAUCAGUCUAUAAUUUUAAUGGUAGGUUUAUUUGAACAGUGAGAGACAGAAUAACAACAACAAAAUCCAGAAAAACGCAUGUCAAAAAUGUUAUAAAUUGAUUUGCAUUUUAAUGAGGGAAAUAAGUAUUUGACCCCUCUGCAAAACAUGAGUUAGUACUUGGUGGCAAAACCCUUGUUGGCAAUCACAGAGGUCAGACGUUUCUUGUAGUUGGCCACCAGGUUUGCACACAUCUCAGGAGGGAUUUUGUUCCACUCCUCUUUGCAGAUCUUCUCCAAGUCAUUGAGGUUUCGAGGCUGACGUUUGGCAACUCAAACCUUCAGCUCCCUCCACAGAUUUUCUAUGGGAUUAAGGCUGGUUAGGCUGGUUAGACUGGCUAGGCCGCUCCAGGACCUUAAUGUGCUUCUUCAUGAACCACUCCUUUGUCGCCGUGUGUUUUGGGUCAUUGUCAUGCUGGAAUACCCAUCCACGACCCAUUUUCAAUGCCCUGGCUGAGGGAAGGAGGUUCUCACCCAAGAUUUGACAGUACAUGGCCCUGUCCAUCGUCCCUUUGAUGCAGUGAAGUUGUCCUGUCCCCUUAGCAGAAAAACACCCCCAAAGCAUAAUGUUUCCACCUCCAUGUUUGACGGUGGGGAUGGUGUUCUUGGGGUCAUAGGCAUCAUUCCUCCUCCUCCAAACACGGCGAGUUGAGUUGAUGCCAAAGAGCUUGAUUUUGGUCUCAUCUGACCACAACACUUUCACCCAGUUCUCCUCUGAAUCAUUCAGAUGUUCAUUGGCAAACUUCAGACGGCCCUGUAUAUGUGCUUUCUUGAGCAGGGGGAACUUGCGGGCGCUGCAGGAUUUCAGUCCUUCACGGCGUAGUGUGUUACCAAUUGUUUUCUUGGUGACUAUGGUCCCAGCUGCCUUGAGAUCAUUGACAAGAUCCUCCCGUGUAGUUCUGGGCUGAUUCCUCACCGUUCUCAUGAUCAUUGCAACUCCACGAGGUGAGAUCUUGCAUGGAGCCCCAGGCCGAGGGAGAUUGACAGUUAUUUUGUGUUUCUUCCAUUUGCGAAUAAUCGCACCAACUGUUGUCACCUUCUCACAAAGCUGCUUGGCGAUGGUCUUGUAGCCCAGUCCAGCCUUGUGUAGGUCUACAAUCUUAUCCCUGACAUCCUUGGAGAGCUCUUUGGUCUUGGCCAUUGUGGAGAGUUUGGAAUCUGAUUGAUUGAUUGCUUCUGUGGACAGGUGUCUUUUAUACAGUUAACAAGCUGAAAUUAGGAACACUCCCUUUAAGAGUGUGCUCCUAAUCUCAGCUCGUUACCUGUAUAAAAGACACCUGGGAGCCAGAAAUCUUUCUGAUUGAGAGGGGGUCAAAUACUUAUUUCCCUCAUUAAAAUGCAAAUCAAUUUAUAACAUUUUUGACAUGCGUUUUUCUGAAUUUUUUUGUUGUUAUUCUGUCUCUCACUAUUCAAAUAAACCUACCAUUAAAACUAUAGACUGAUCAUUUCUUUGUCAGUGGGCAAACGUACAAAAUCAGCAGGGGAUCAAAUACUUUUUUCCCUCAAUGUACCCAUUUUAUUUAUUGGUUUUAGGUGUAAUGUUGCUGGAUUGACAGUGAAGCAGCCCAUUUAAGACAAAUGACAGGACAUCCCAUUGAAUGAGGACAGACCAUACAAAACAAUCAACAUAGUGCUCUGUUUCAGGGUGAAUAGGUUCUAAUCAAUAAACAUCAACACUACCGGUCUCCCAUGAUAUUCCACCUGCCUUCCAUUUUACACACAAACAAAUGUCUGCCAAAGGACACUGGCCACGUUUAGUGUAGUCAGAACAACUGUCUAAGGACAGGUGACUUGAGUGUACAGUCGUGGUCAAACGUUUUGAGAAUGACACAAAUACUAAUUUUCACAAAGUCUGCUGCCUCAGUUUUGAUGAUGGCAAUUUGCAUAUACUCCAGAAUGUCAUGAAGAGUGAUCAGAUGAAUUGCAAUUAAUUGCAAAGUCCCUCUUUGCCAAGAAAAUGAACUUAAUCCCAAAAAAACAUGUCCACUACAUUUCAGCCCUGCCACAAAAGGACCAGCUGCCAUCAUGUCAGUGAUUCUCUCGUUAACACAGGUGAGAGUGUUGACGAGGACAAGGCUGGAGAUCACUCUGUCAUGCUGAUUCAGUUAGAAUAACAGACUGGAAGCUUUAAAAGGAGGGUGGUGAUUGAAAUCAUUGUUAUUCCUCUGUUAACCAUGGUUACCUGCAAGGAAACACAUGCUGUCAUCAUUGCUUUGCACAAAAAGGGCUUCACAGGCAAGGAUAUUGCUGCUAGUAAGAUUGCACCUAAAUCAACCAUUUAUCGGAUCAUCAAGAACUUCAAGGAGAGAGGUUCAAUUGUUGUGAAGAAGGCGUCAGGGCGCCCAAGAAAGUCCAGCAAGCGCCAGGACCGUCUCUUAAAGUUGAUUCAGCUGCGGGAUCGGGGCACCACCAUUGCAGAGCUUGCUCAGGAAUGGCAGCAGGCAGAUGUGAGUGCAUCUGCACGCACAGUGAGGCGAAGACUUUUGGAGGAUGGCCUGGUGUCAAGAAGGGCAGCGAGGAAGCCACUUCUCUCCAGGAAAAACAUCAGGGACAGACUGAUAUUCUGCAAAAGGUACAGGGAUUGGACUGCUGAGGACUGGGGUAAAGUCGUUUUCUCUGAUGAAUCCCCUUUCCGAUUGUUUGGGGCAUCCGGAAAACACCUUGUCCGGAGAAGACAAGGUGAGCGCUACCAUCAGUCCUGUGUCAUGCCAACAGUAAAGCAUCCUGAGACCAUUCAUGUGAGGGGUUGCUUCUCAGCCAAGGGAGUGGGCUCGCUCACAAUUUUGCCUAAGAACACAGCCAUGAAUAAAGAAUGGUACCAACACAUCCUCCGAGAGCAACUUCUCCCAACCAUCCAAGAACAGUUUGGUGAUGACCAAUGCCUUUUCCAGCAUGAUGGAGCACCUUGCCAUAAGGCAAAAGUGAUAACUAAGUGGCUCGGCGAACAAAACAUCGACAUUUUGGGUCCAUGUCCAGGAAACUCCCCAGACCUUAAUCCCAUUGAGAACUUGUGGUCGAUCCUCAAGAGGCGGGUGGACAAACAAAAACCCACAAAUUCUGACAAACUCCAAGCAUUGAUUAUGCAAGAAUGGGCUGCCAUCUGUCAGGAUGUGGCCCAGAAGUGAAUUGACAGCAUGCCAGGGCGGAUUGCGGAGGUCUUGAAAAAGAAGGGUCAACACUGCAAAUAUUGACUCUUUCCAUAAACUUAAUGUAAUUGUCAAUAAAAGCCUUUGACACUUAUGGAAUGCUUGUAAUUAUACUUCAGUAUACCAUAGUAACAUCUGACAAAAAUAUGUCAUAACACUGAAGCAGCGAACUUUGUGCAGACCAAUUCUUGUGUCAUUCUCAAAACUUUUGACCACGACUGUAGUCUGCAUAACAUCCAACAUUCAUUUACCCUGGAAUAUGACUCUAUCACUUACUGAAUCGGAUUGCUACAGGGAAAUGACAUUGGCAGAGGUACUAUGAAUCGAUAAAGCUGUGUAUGUUCUAGCUUUGGCAACUGUGGGUAGAGAGAGACAGAGAAGAGAAAGUGAGACAGAGCAAGAGAGAGGGAGAGAUAUUUAGUUCAGCAUUUGAGAUGUGAUACAACUUGUCCUGUAGGCACACCCUCUUUUGUACAACCACUAGUGUUGUAUGGGUCGGUUUGCCUGCAAUGUUGUCGUAUUACACAACAAUGAUGUAACCCAUCUACCCCUAUGUUCUUCAUCAAGCAACUUGACCCCUCAUUUUGCAUGUUCUCUUCUACUCAUUUCCACCUGUCUCUCUGUUUUCUGUCUUCCGGCAGAAAUAGUGAUUGUUAUCAUGCUAUGGCUAUAUGAGUUGUCACCUAUCCUCCACUGCUGCGCUCUAUUCUCUGUCUGCUUUCCAAUAUGGAAAUCGGUGUUCUUGCCAAGUGAAAGCGAUUUCCCUUAGUUGACUGCUUCUGCCACCUCCAGCGGAAACAACUCCCCAUCUCUAUUUGUUUCAUUUCAUAGCAAAGAAAUAUACCCCUUCCCACACCCUAGAAAAUACAACAGACUCCACUUAAACCCUUUCUCUUCCAACUCACCCCUCCCCAACUCUACCAUUAAUUUAUCCUCCACCCUCAACUCCCCUGAACCGCUCCCUCUUCCCAGUGCAGAAUGCUCCCUUUCCAGGCAGCCGCCCUCCCCCCCAUAAUCCUACAUCCUACCAUCCAUCCAUCCUCUGCCACCAUUGCAUCCACUGACCCACUCUCUCCUCCCCUUCUUCCCAAUGCAGAAUGUUCCCCUGCCAAGCAGCGCCGGGCCAGUUUGGACCAGAGACACGGGAGCCAGGGCUGAAGGUGUGGCGGGUGGAGAAGAUGAAGGCGGUGCUGCUGGAUCCGGCCGAGGUGGGGGCCUUCUUCAACGGAGACUCCUACCUGGUGCUGGAGCACAGGGGGGACCAGGGGGCAGACCUGCACAUGUGGAUAGGUGAGGUUAUGGAAAAUGGAUGCGUGUUACAGUAAACGUCAAAUAAGUAGGGUCCAGAGUUUUUACUGACCAGGGCCUGUAUUCACAUAGCGUGUCAGAGUAGGAGUGCUGAUCUAAGAUCAGGUUCCCCUGUCUUAUCCAUUAUGAUCUAAAAGGCUAAACUGAUACUAGAUCAACACUCCUACUCCGAGAGGUCCUGGAGAUUUUCCUGGUCAAGUCACAUGUUCAUGAGAAACUCAUGAGGCCCCACUAAUAAGGUACUGGGCAUGAAAACCUGCAGAAGUAUGUAAUAAAACACUCCAACACUUACCCUUUAUUGAAGUACAAGACCAUGUUUUGAUCCAUACUGAUAUUUGCCAGAGCUUCAAUAGAAACAGGUGUAGGAGAAUUUGAGUGUGCUACUCAACUAACUGUUAUGGAAUGGGUGAGUUGCGGUCAUCUCAGGGCAUGGAUGGAAAAGGAUGCCUCAGUCUUGGCAUAAGAGCCCUCUAUUAUCUUCCAUGAAUGGGGUCUCGUAAGCUUGUAUCCAGUACUGCUCUGUAUAUCCAAACUACUAGCCAACCCAUUGUGUACACACCUAAUUAACCUCCCUGCGGUUGACAAGCUAAUAACCCUUAUGCUAAUAGUGAUGACACACACGCCACGACGCUGACCCAACGACUGAUUAUGUGAGGACGGAGACUAAGACUGACGGAUGGAAGGAUGAUGAGAGAAGAGGGAUGGGGGGAAUAAAAGAGGAGAAGAGCUCCCCAGGGAAAAGGGCUGGGAAGGGCUUGGUUCUGUGUGUGUGUGCUCAUUAAAAAUGCAGUAGGGCUGUUACAGUACUCAAAUGUGGCUGUUGUUUCCAGCAUGUAUCCGGUGCUUAGGUGACACUAAGCCGAUUGUCAUUGCAUGGAAGAUGGCUCCUCUCCAAAAAGCACCUCCUCCCCUCGUCCGUGACCCCUCCCUCCACCUCUUACAUGACCCCUCCCUCCACCUCUUACACGACCCCUCCCUCCACCUCUUACAUGACCCCUCCCUCCAUCUCUUACAUGACCCCUCCCUCCACCUCUUGCAUGACCCUGACCCCUAUUUUGUGUUUAUUUACCUGACGCUCACUCACUCGUUUAGUCUAUGCAACCCCCCCCCCCCCCCCCCCCCCAUUUCACCCCACCUCUCUCUCUCUCCCUUUACCUCCUGACCAUUCUCUUUUUUUUUUUACUCUUUCCCUUCACAAACCCCCCCCCCCCCCCCCCCCCUCUCUCUUCCCCCCAGGUGAGAAGUCAUCUCGUGACGAGCAGGUGGCAUGUGCCAUGCUGGCUACCCAGCUGGACAACUUCCUGGGUGGUGACCCCAUCCAGCAUCGCCAGGUCCAGGGCUACGAGGCCCCAGAGUUCAUGAAUCUCUUCCACAGGGGGGUCAGCUACAAGGUGGGCAGGAGGAGGGAGGAUACUCCUAGUUCAUGUUUACUGACAACUCAAGGCCCAAUCUUAACUUGAUAAAUGCACUCGUAUGGGAUUUUAUGUGCAAACUUUUGUGUUUCCCAUGGACAUCAAUGUGUGAUUUACUGCAUCUGGAACUUUGUAAUCCAUGUGUUUCCCACAUUAGAUUUGGGCCCACUAUGAGUAAUGCAUGUGUAUCCUAACGUGUUAGGCUUUAGUCCUAUAUUGCCAGUAAAUGCAAAAAGCAUCACUUUGCAUAAUUUCAUCAUAUGCUGCUGAUUUCUUGCCAUAUCAUUCCAUAUCUCUCCCGUUGAAGCGAUAGCUGGUAAAACCCAGAGACUUCCUGUUAGAUACAGAUAAGAAAAAGCGAACAUAAACAUCAUUUUCAGAUUGUUACCUUUCUCUUUCCUUCUUUAUUUUCCUCUGUCACUCACUCUCUCUCAAAAACACACACAUACGUACGCGCACACACUCACACGCACACACACACGUGUAGGAGGGUGGUGUGGAGUCAGGUUUCAGGCGGCCCCAAGGUGGGUCAGGGCCAGUCCACAGGCUGUACCAGAUCAAAGGGAAGCGCAACAUCCGUGCCAAGGAGGUGGAGCUGAGCUGGCAGAGCUUCAACAAGGGAGACUGCUUCAUCCUGGACCUAGGAGAGGUGAGAGAGAGGUAGAGGGAGAGAGAGGGAGAGAGGUAAAAGGGGAGAGAAGGGGCAGGGAAGAGAGGGGGAGAGGUGACAGGGAGGGGGAGGGGGAGAGGUUAGAGUAAGGAUGGGGAGAACAUUACAUUGUUGCCUUGCCAAAUCCAAAUGUCAAAUUUCCGCUCAUUUAGUGAUCAAUAAAGUAGGCCUACUAUCAAAUCAUAUCUUUUCCACUUCAGAUCCACAUGUCUGUUUAUGUCUUUAGACCAUAUUUUCAUGGAUCGGCUCGCAGGCCAACAUGUUUGAGAAGCAGAAGUCGCGUGAGAUCGCUAGCCUGAUCCGCGACACUGAGCGGCACGGUAAAGCACGCAUCGUUGACAUCAGUGAGGGAGAGGAGUCGCCGGAGAUGCUCAAGGUAAAAUGGCCGACAUAGUCCUUUUCUCCCAAAGCAAACGAAAACAAAGUCACAGACCUAGAGACUUGUCAAUCCUGUAAUGUCUAAGCAUAUUUUAUAGACUUUGAUAUUGAGGUAUAGGAAGGUAAUGGGUCGAUAGUUAGUCAGACAAGUUACAAUUUGUUCCAUUCUUUCAUUGACUAGUCCACUCACAAACACUUUGUUUUGUGGACUGAGGUUGCUGACAUGAUGUUGAGGAUCAAACUUAAAAUAAAUGUUUCAUAAACCUCACCACAAUCCAUGUUCCACUCUGCCAUGUGAUUGACAGGUGCUGGGACCAAUGCUAGAGCUGGCAGAGAGCACUCCAGAAGAGGACAGUCAAGCAGACAUCUCCAACUCCGCCUCCCUUUACAAGGUAGCUGGACAUUAGAAUUCUAUUAAUAAACAGUGGUGAAUCUCAAGAAAUGUUCUAUUGCAUUACAACAGUACUAUUGUAAAUGGAUAGCUCACCCCAUUUGAGGUAUUUUGGAAUGUAGACUGCACAGCACAGCUAGCUAUACUUUGGGGCUCUUUUUUUCCAAGAGCAAACAAGGUGAACUAGUUCACAAAUUAACUAUAAGUCAUGGCCGGUGUUGUUAUCCUCCACAGGUGUCCGAUGCGACAGGUAAGAUGAAGCUGACCAAUGUCUCUGAAAAAAGCCCAUUUGCCAAGGACCUUCUGGUGCGUGACGACUGCUUUAUUCUAGACAACGGGGCCAAUGGAAAGAUCUUUGUUUGGAAAGGUGAGGAAAACAUGUGAACCUCGACUAACAUAUUUCUGCUCCAUGAAAUGUAUUCCUCUAAUAAUUUUUGUGAUAUCCAACUAGAUAUCCAAUGUCUAAUUCAAAACGAAUUUAAUCAGGGUUUGUAUUAAAUAAAGUGAAUUGACAUUAUCAUGGCGAAACCUUACUGAGACCUCUAUGGGUUAGACUGAGGUGAGACAUGGUGAGACAUUAUCCCACUUGUUAUGAUUGACAGGUAUGGGAGCCAAUGCAGAGGAGAAGAGGGAGGCCUUGAAAAUGGCAGAUGACUUCAUCCAACAGAUGAACUACCCCAGGAUGAAAACGCAGGUGAGUCAAGCAUGAUCUCACAAACGACAAAAACCCAAACAUUAUUUGCUCAUUGUCCAGCCUUUAAGUCUACCCAGCAGCAUAACAUCAGCAAGUGAUAGCGUCAUGAUUUUAUUAUACCUGAAAACAGUAGAAUUUGCACAUUUAAGUUCAGUAAGUCAAAUCGAAUGACAUGUAAGUCUUCCUCCAUUGUAACAAUGCACUGCGCAGUGUGUUAUGUAACCACCAGGUCAUGAACCCAGUGUCAUAAAUGCUUUGUGUGUAUAUAGUAGGGUUGUUUAUGUGUAUAUGAUGCACUAUAUAAACAGUCAUGACCAGGUAGUCAAAUCUCUGCAUGGUCUUACAGGUGGAGAUACUACCACAGGGGAGGGAGACGAUCGUCUUCAAGCAGUUCUUCAAGAACUGGAAC